GCGUGCUGGUUCCUGUUUUGGGUGGAUUUUUUUUCCCUUUUAAAUUUUUUUAUAUGUUUUCCUUUUUUCGUCGUUUUUAACGUUUGAUCUGGAAUAAGGGAAGUUUUUUUAAUCGUCGGAAACAUGUCGACCGGUGAGAGUUUUGAGUCUCGGUUUGAAAAAAUCGACGGGACUUUAAAGGAUCCCAAAUCCGAAGUGAACGUGGACUGUCUGCUGGAUGGAUUAGAUGCUUUGGUGUAUGACUUGGAUUUUCCUGCCUUAAGAAAAAACAAGAACAUUGAUAACUUCUUAAACAGGUAUAAAGACACAGUAAAUAAAAUGAGAGAUCUGCGGAUGAAAGCUGAAGAUUAUGAAGUGGUGAAGGUGAUCGGCAGGGGGGCGUUUGGGGAGGUUCAGCUGGUAAGGCAUAAAUCGUCAAGAAGAGUCUAUGCUAUGAAACUUCUGAGCAAAUUUGAGAUGAUAAAAAGAUCAGAUUCUGCGUUCUUCUGGGAAGAAAGGGAUAUUAUGGCUUUUGCUAAUAGUCCCUGGGUUGUUCAGUUAUUUUACGCAUUCCAAGAUGAUCGUUACCUUUACAUGGUCAUGGAAUACAUGCCUGGUGGAGACCUUGUGAAUUUAAUGAGUAACUAUGAUGUUCCUGAGAAAUGGGCCAGAUUUUAUACUGCUGAAGUUGUUCUUGCAUUAGAUGCAAUUCACUCAAUGGGCUUUAUACACAGAGAUGUGAAGCCUGAUAAUAUGCUGCUAGAUAAAGCUGGUCAUUUAAAACUAGCAGAUUUUGGUACUUGUAUGAAAAUGAACAAGGAAGGUAUGGUACGAUGUGAUACAGCUGUAGGAACACCAGACUAUAUCUCUCCUGAAGUACUGAAGUCCCAGGGUGGUGACGGUUACUAUGGACGAGAAUGUGACUGGUGGUCAGUUGGAGUUUUUUUGUAUGAGAUGCUUGUAGGUGACACACCUUUUUAUGCAGAUUCUUUGGUUGGAACAUACAGUAAGAUUAUGAACCACAAGAACUCCCUUACCUUCCCUGACGACAAUGAGAUCUCUAAAGAGGCAAAAAACCUUAUUUGUGCCUUUUUAACUGAUAGGGAAGUGAGACUGGGACGAAAUGGCGUAGAAGAAAUUAAACGACAUCUUUUCUUCAAAGAUGAUCAGUGGGCUUGGGAGACUCUCAGAGACACUGUAGCACCAGUUGUGCCUGACUUAAGUAGUGACAUAGACACUAGUAAUUUUGAUGACAUCGAUGAAGACAAAGGAGAGGAAGAAACAUUUCCCAUUCCAAAAGCAUUUGUGGGCAACCAGCUUCCUUUUGUUGGAUUUACGUAUUACAGCAACCGUCGGUAUUUAUCUGUCUCUGCAGAAAAUUCCAACGAUAACAGAACAGGCUCCAGUAUGGAUAAAAGCGUGAUGGAAAAUAUGCAGAAGAUGAUCUAUGAUUUGGAAGAACAGCUACAUAAUGAAAUGCAGCUGAAAGAUGAAAUGGAGCAAAAGUGCAGGUCUUCAAACAUCACGCUAGACAAGAUAAUGAAGGAGCUGGAUGAAGAGGGAAAUCAAAGAAAGAACCUAGAAUUAACAGUCUCCCAGAUUGAGAAGGAAAAGAUGGCACUGCAGCAUAAGAUAAAUGAAUACCAAAGAAAAAUUGAACAAGAGAGUGAAAAGAGACGGAAUGUGGAAAAUGAAGUGUCCACGUUAAAAGAUCAAAUGGAAGACUUGAAAAAAAUCAACCAGCAUUCACAAAUUACAAAUGAGAAGAUAACACAGUUACAAAAACAACUAGAAGAAGCCAAUGAUUUGCUACGGACAGAAUCAGAAACAGCAGUAAGACUGAGAAAGGGUAACACAGAAAUGAGCAAGUCAUUAAGUCAAGUAGAAUCACUGAAUAGAGAACUGCAGGAAAGGUGCAGAGUUCUAGAAAGCGCAAAACUGCAGGUGGAGAAAGAUUAUUAUCAACUGCAAGCAGCUUUGGAAUCAGAACGAAGGGACAGAAGUCAUGGAUCGGAAAUGAUUGGAGAACUACAGGUUCGGAUUACAACUUUACAAGAAGAAUUAAAAAACCUUAAAAAUAAUCUUGAAAGAGUGGAGGCAGAAAGAAAACAAGCACAAGAUAGGCUUAAUCAUUCAGAAAAGGAAAAGAAUAAUUUGGAGAUAGAUUUGAACUACAAACUCAAGUCAUUACAAGACCGCCUAGAACAGGAAGUAAAUGAACACAAAGUGACUAAAGCUCGAUUAACUGACAAACAUCAGUCAAUAGAGGAGGCAAAAUCAGUUGCAAUGUGUGAAAUGGAAAAAAAAGUGAAGGAAGAAAGGGCAGCAAGAGAAAAGGCAGAGAAUCGAAUAGUUCAGGCUGAAAAACAGUGUUCCAUGCUAGACUUUGACCUGAAGCAAUCUCAGCAGAAACUGGAACACCUUCUUCAGCAAAAGGAAAGACUGGAGGAUGAAGUAAAGAAUCUGUCACUUCAGCUAGAGCAGGAGACGAAUAAGCGAAUAAUGGCACAGAAUGAAUUAAAGGCACAAGCUUUUGAAGCAGAUAACUUGAAGGGUUCUGAGAAGCAGCUGAAACAAGAAAUCAAUACAUUAUUGGAAGCAAAAAGGUUACUGGAAGUUGAGUUGGCUCAACUUGCUAAGCAGUACAGAGGAAAUGAAGGUCAAAUGCGUGAGCUUCAGGAUCAGCUUGAAGCGGAGCAGUAUUUUUCGACACUUUACAAAACUCAGGUUAAGGAACUGAAGGAAGAAAUUGAUGAGAAGAAUAAAGAAACUCAAAGAAAAAUGCAGGAAUUGCAAAAUGAGAAAGAAACACUCACUACGCAGCUGGAUUUAGCUGAAACCAAAGCUGAGUCGGAACAGUUGGCACGGGCACUUCUUGAAGAGCAGUAUUUUGAAUUGAGUCAGGAGAGCAAAAAAGCAGCAUCACGACAUAGGCAAGAAAUGACAGAUAAGGACAGCAUCAUAAGAAGGCUGGAAGAAACUAACAGCACGUUAACCAAAGAUGUUGAUUUAGUAACAAAAGAAAAUACAGAGAUCAGUGAAAAAAUGAAGAAACAGGAGGAAGAAUACAAGCUGAAAAAAGAGGAAGAAAUAAACAAUAUUAGAAUGCAAUAUGAGAAGAGUAUCAACACUGAGAGAACUCUGAAGACACAGGCUGUCAACAAACUGGCUGAGAUAAUGAAUAGAAAAGAUUUUAAAAUAGAUAGAAAGAAAGCAAGCAUGCAGGAUUUGAGGAAGAAAGAGAAGGAAAACCGAAAGCUACAACUGGAGCUUAAUCAAGAAAAAGAGAAAUACAAUCAGAUGGUGGUGAAAUACCAGAAGGAGGUUAAUGAGAUGCAAGCGCAACUAGCAGAAGAGUCAACAUACAGGAAUGAGCUACAGAUGCAGCUGGAUAGUAAAGAGAGUGACAUAGAACAACUACGAAGGAAAAUUUUGGAUCUCCAGCAAGGAAUGGAUUCUAGCAGCGUUUCUAGUCUACAGCCAGAUGAAAUCGAUGGAAAUCUUUCAGAAUCAAGGCUUGAAGGUUGGCUUUCAAUACCAAACAAGGGAAACAUAAAGCGGCACGGCUGGAAGAAACAGUACGUUGUGGUGAGCAGUAAAAAGAUACUGUUCUAUAAUGAUGAAAAGGACAAGGACCAGUCUAAUCCAUGCAUGGUACUGGACAUCGAUAAGCUGUUCCAUGUCCGACCUGUGACUCAAGGAGAUGUAUAUAGAGCAGAAACUGAAGAAAUUCCUAAAAUAUUCCAGAUUCUGUAUGCUAAUGAGGGGGAAUGCAGGAAGGAUGUGGAGGUAGAGUCAGUCCAGCCUGCAGAGAAGACAAACUUUCUAAAUCACAAAGGCCAUGAAUUUAUUCCAACAAUAUACCACUUUCCAGCCAAUUGCGAGGCCUGUGCCAAACCUCUUUGGCAUGUCUUCAAACCCCCAGCUGCCCUGGAAUGUCGAAGAUGCCAUGUGAAGUGCCAUAGAGACCACUUGGAUAAAAAGGAGGAGUUAAUUGCACCAUGCAAAGUGAGUUAUGAUGUAACUUCAGCAAGAGAUAUGUUGUUGCUGGCAUCCUGUCAAGAUGAACAGAAGAAAUGGGUGACUCAUUUAGUAAAGAAGAUCCCUAAGAACCCACCGUCUACAUUUGUUCGUGCUUCUCCUAGAACAAUGUCUACAAGAUCCUCAGCAAACCAGUCAUUCCGAAAAGCUGUUAAAAAUACUUCUGGAAAAACUAGGCACCAAGUAUGGAGGAAGAGGAAUAUUGAGCGUAAGCAAUUUAGAGAGGCACAGCUGUUGGCCAGCGAGAGCGCUAGCUAACCACGUGUACAGUGCUUAAUGGAAUCUCAUGGGAUGCGGUCUGAAAAAUGGCUUUUUAACCACACAGAGCAGUGCAGAUGGGCUGUUGUUCCUUCCAACAUAACUAUCACAGGCUUCAGGGUUAAGAUUGCUAUUACUGUCUCCUCCUUGCUUUGGCACAAAAGCACACUGAGGGUGUUUAAUUGCGGGUUUGCCUAAAGGUAGAUUAGAUUAAUUAUUACUGUGUAAUGCAAGUUAAAGCAAAUAAAGCUUAGCUAGGUGUAUAAAAAAAAAAGGUGCUGCCUUUUUUUGGAUAUAAAAAGAAAAAAAAGCCGGUAAAUCACAAUGAAACGCAGCCAACUUUCUUCAUAUCAGUGAAAGAAGAGGACUGUUUACCCUUGGAAGGGGAUAUUUAUAUCAAGAUGAGCAUAUGAGACUAAGUAGAGGAGGAAGGUUUCUCCAUGAGAAGGACUGCAAUUGCUUUCAGGACUCAACAGUUGUGCUCUUGAAGACUGCAGAACUAGCUUACAGACGAAGCCUUAUCACUUGAACUUCAGUGCCUUCACUGCAGAGUUCUUAACAGCCUUACUGCUGAUCACCCACUAUGGAAUGGAUCAAAGGGUUAAAUAUCUUUACAUUACGCUUUUCAAAAUACCGAUUCAGCAGGUUUGUAAAGGGGGGGAAAGCCAAGUAAUUGCCUUUAAUCUAUGCAUUUUUGCCAAGCCAUACUGAAUUAUUUUACUAUUAGAGGCAUUAGAAACUAACAGGAAAAAGAACCGAGUUUGGAAGCAUAUUUUGGGGUACAUCAUGUCUGUAAUUGAAUACUGUACUGCUUUACAAAUUCAAGAGAUAACCUACAUUAAGUUAACAAACAUGUAUGCACUGUUUGUAAUGUAAAUUAUUCUUAGAACACUUUUACUGGGUUUUACGUUGUCGUUUUAGUGCCUUAAUUUGUGUUAACUGUAUGAUUGCCAUGUCAAUAAUUGUAGAAAUAUAAAAACUAAAGAAAGGAAACCUCUGAAAAGACCUGUUGCGUUAUCAGUGGGUUUUGCUGAACUUGGUUUGGUUGAAGUAUUGUAGAUGCUGGAUGCAUUGUCUAAAUUAAAUACCAUCUUUGAAUGGGAAUUCCUCUUACAAAGAAAGACUGGGUCUGGUUUAUAAGGCAAGAAACGUGCGGGCAACGGGAAUAAAAACAAAAAGCAUAUAGCAUAAAAGCUUUGGGUAAUUCAGGAAUGUCAGUAAAUGCUGUCGGCCUCUUGCUUUGUAGCAGGAAUGCAUUCAUGGUUAUAUGGGCAGUAUGGUUUUAUUUUAUAUUAUUUCUUAACCGAAUACCUCCUCAGUAAUUUAUAAUGGCUUUGCAGUUGUGUAUUAAAUAAGAAGCACUGGAAAACUGAUUCGUCCUUAGGACGAUUUGCAUGUUUCAAGUGGUAUUGAAAGCCGCACUGAUGGAUAUGUAAUAAUAAACAUAUCUGUUAUUAAUAUGGUAAUGACUCUGUGCUCAUUUAAUGAGAAAUAAAGUAAUUUAUGGAAGGACUCUUCUGAAAA